AUGACAGUUUCAACAGCCACUGGUUACAUUACAUCCGAGAAUGGUUUGCAAUCACAUCCAGUUACUCUGAUAAGGAAUGCUGACACGGGUUAUUUUUUGUUGAAGCCCCUUUUACCAUUAUUAAAGCAAUUGGAUGAAGAUAAACAAUCUGUAGAUGUUGAAGAAUUGCGUCAAGAUACAGAAACUCUAUCCCAAUAUGAAGAUCCGGAUACGCUUGCUAAUAUGUUGUCGAGAUUACGAUUGCUUGUUGAUACAGAUGAAAAUGAUGAAAAAUGGAUUACUGGAGAAAUGGCUCAUAACGUCUUAAGACGUUUGAACAUUUUAUUUUUGUUUGAAAAUCAAUUUGAUGAAACCAGUGACGAUUCAGGAAAUAAGACCCCCAAGGAUGAAGAUAUUACUCAAAAUGAAUCGGUAUUGGACGAUCUGAAGAAAGAGGAUUCUACAGCUACUAGCAUGACUACCACUCAUCUGGAAGAAAAAACUGGUCAGUCUGAAGUUAAUAAUAAUGAGAAUGAUAAUACACAUAGACAGUCAGGAAACGAUGGUAACGCUAACGAUCCUAGUACACAAAAUAGACAUACUUUGGAAGAUGAACGAUCUAGUUCAAUUAAGAGAACAACUAAUGGUGAUGAUGAUAUCAGUCUUGAUUCUCAUAGAGAAUUGGGUUCACCUUUGAAAAAAUUGAAAUUUGAUGCAGCAUCUUCAUUAAAAACUACCCUUGAUAACUUGGGUGAACAGAAACCAGUAACGGAUACCAAACCAACACCAAUGACAUCAUCAGAUGAUGAUGAUAUAAAACCUAUUGCGAUAUUCGAUCAUGAUUUGAAAUUAAAUAAUGAGAUUUUAAAGACUCCAUUGCAACUGAAUAAAACAGUUAAAUUCGAUGACAAUGCUGAUAAUAAUCAAAGGAUUAAACUUGAAACUUUUUUACAAAAAUUGUUAUUCCCUGAAGCACAAAAUGCAGAAAAUUCCAAGGAAUCAGAUAAUCCAUCUACAACUACAUUUGAUGCUCUAUUGAAAGAAGUGGACGACUCUUUCCCAAACAUUGAUUGGAAUCUAAACAUUCCUGUUGAUGAACAUGGUAAUACUCCUCUUCAUUGGUUAACAUCCAUUGCUAAUAUAGGUAUGGUUAAAGAACUGGUGAAACAUGGUUCUGAUAGGUUGAUAGGUGAUAAUAUGGGUGAAUCGGCUUUAGUUAAAGCUGUCAAAUCUGUAAAUAAUUAUGAUUCCGGUACAUUUGAAGAACUGUUAGAUUAUUUAUACCCUUGUUUGAUCCUUGAGGAUUCGAUGAGCAGAACUAUCUUGCAUCAUAUCAUUAUCACUUCUGGUAUGACUGGUUGUUCUUCUGCUGCCAAAUAUUAUCUCGAUAUCCUGAUGGGUUGGAUUGUUAAGCAACCUUCAAGACCUCCAAAGGGAAAUAAAGAAAAGGAUAUGAUUCUAGAUAAUUUGACCCUAACCUGGGUUAUUUCAGCAAUGUUAAACGCCCAGGACUCUAAUGGUGAUACUUGUUUGAAUAUUGCUGCCAGAUUAGGGAAUGUAUCUAUUGUUGAUGCAUUGUUGGAAUACGGUGCUGAUCCACGCAUUCCAAAUAAAUCUGGUCUACGCCCAAUAGAUUUUGGUGCCGGUACUUCUAAGUUAAACUCUCAAGAGAAAGUUACAGAUACUACCUCUGAAAUUAAGGAUGAAGAUAUGACAAAUAAUGAUGAAAAUAAAAACUUGAUAAGUGGUCUUAAGAAUAUUAAGAAGCCAGACACUGAUGGUCUAGUCAAUGACAUAAAGACAUUGUUAUCGGCUGUCUCUAAGGACUAUGAAAUUGAAGUCAAACAACAUAAAGAAAAACUAAAUAUACUGCGUACAGAUCUAAGUGAACAAAGAGAAAAACUUUCGACAUCUAGAGAUGAGUUGGCCAAAUCAAAAGAGAUACGUGACCAAUAUAACCUUCUCAAAGAACAAUUAAAAAAUAUUAAAGAUGGUAUAGAGGUAGAGGAAAGAACAUUCCUUGAAGAAAGUAAGAAACUUGGUAUAUCACCGGAAGAAACAUCUGGUAUAGAUUGGGAUUCGAAUGAAUAUGAUGCUGAUGAGCCGUUCAGAGUUGAUUUUAUAUAUGGUUUAUUGGAAGACAAAUUAAAUAAUAAGUAUAAUGGUGACAUGGAUAAGUUACUACAGGAGACGAAUGUUGAUGCUGUUGUCCAACAAAUUCAGGAGAAUUAUGAUAAUAAUGAAGACAAAAUAAAUGAUAUGUUACCUCCUACAGUUUUAUUAAAUGCAAGAAUUAGGGCAUACAAAAGAAAUGAUAAGCAUUUGGAUGACACAUUAAACGCAAUUAAGGAUAAACAAAGCAAGCUGGAGGCAAAAUUUAGAAGGGUAUUAUCGUUAUGUCUAAAAAUUGAUGAGGACAAGGUUGAUGGAAUGCUUGAUGGUUUACUGCAGGCUAUAUCAUCAGAGGACCCACAGGAUAUUGAUACUGAUGAGAUGCAGGACUUUUUGAAAAAGCAUGCUGUAUGA